AUGGAAAAUAAUGAUAUACCGUAUCAGUUGAAUACUAACAACAAAUUUGAAAAAAUUUCAAAUACUUUUUCAUCAAUUAAAAAUGGUCAAAAUUUAUCAAAUCAAUUUACAAUUUUAAUUACAACAUUACCUUUAUUAAUAGCUUAUCCAAUUGUAUUUUUAUCAUAUGAACUUAUAAUAAAUAAUUCAGCGUUACAAACAAAUUCGUCUGAUCAUCAAUCAAACAUUAACAAUGAAAAUUACUAUACCCUUACAUACCAAUUAUUUAUAAAUUCAUUAGUUGCAUUCAUACUAAGUUCAUUCACCGUACUAUGCAUAUACAUUGCACAAUUCAUUAAAUUAAUACCGUCUCAAUCUACAAAUACUGAAAUUGACAUUUCAGAAUCAAGAAAACACACUAUAAAAUUAUUAAUUGCAACUUUUUUAAUAUAUCUACCUAUAACUUUUAUUGAAUUUGAUAAAGUUAAUUCAUUACUUUUUGGAUUAUUUAUUAAUUAUAGAAAUUAUUAUACUCCUGUCAUCAUUAUUUCAGAUUUAAUAAAAUCAUUGUCAAUCAUAAAAUUGGUUGGAUAUGUUUUAUUAUUUUCUGGAUUUUAUACAUUAACUAGGGUCAACUUCAAAUUAAAAUUGGAUAAAAUAAUCAUAUCAGUUCUAACAAUGUCGUCCUUAAUUUUGAUUUUAUUUUUUUACCAGAUUUUCAACUUCAGUAUGAUUGGAGUUCACUUAAUUACAUUCAUUAUCAGUAUAAUUACAUUUCAAGAAUUUUCAAAUCAUAGUAACAAGAUACAUUUUAUAUUUUUAUCAGUCAUUAAUUCCAUACUACGCUACGUUGUUCUACAAAAAUUAGAUUUUUAUACAAUUCUAAACAUUGUAUUAUCUAUAUUAAUAAUUCCGGGUUCAAGUUAUAAUUUUUAUCAAUUAAAUCAAAAAUAUACCACAUCAACAACAAACACAACAUCAACUACAACAACAACGACUUCAAAUACUUCUACAAUAUUAGGGGAAGUACUAAAACAUCAAGAUACAAAAGCAAUUUUUAAUUUCUUAUUACUUAAUGCAAGUUUUAUGAUAAUUCAAUUUCUUUAUUCAUUUAGAUCAAAAUCAUUAGGUUUAUUAUCAGAUUCAUUACAUAUGUUAUUAGAUUGUAUAUCAUUAGCAUUAGGUUUAAUAGCUGGAGUAUUAUCCAAAAUGAAAGUCAACAAGAAUGGAAAAUAUCCAUUUGGUUGGUCAAAUUUAGAAAAUUUAGCUGGUUUUACUAAUGCAACUUUAUUAAUGGGUAUAAGUGGUUCAAUAUUAUUUGAAGCUAUUGGUAGAUUAUUUAAUCCUAUACAUUUACAAAAGACUAAUGAAUUAAUGGUUGUUUCUAUAUUAGGAUUAUUAGUUAAUCUUGUUGGUGUAUUUGCUUUUAAUCAUGGACAUUCUCAUGGACAUGGACAUGGACAUAGUCAUAAUCAUAGUCAUUCACAUACUUUAGAUACACACUCACAUAGUCAUGAUCAUUCACAUAAUCAUACUCAUUCAUCACAUCAAGCCGAAUUGAAUGAACCGAAUGAAGACGACAAACAAAAAAUAAAUGAUAAUAUGAGAGGAAUCUUUUUACAUAUAUUAGCUGAUGCAUUAGGUUCAGUAGGUGUAGUAAUAUCAACAUUAUUAACAAAAAUUUUUAAUUGGCAAGGAUUUGAUCCAAUAGCAUCAUUAAUUAUAGCAAUAUUAAUUUUUUUAUCCUCAAUUCCAUUAAUGAAAUCAACAUCAUCAACAUUAUUAUUAAAUUUAUCUCACACCCAAGAAUCAAAAAUAAGAUUAAAAUUAAAUGAAAUUUCAAGUAUAAAAGGUAUAAAAUCAAUAACUACACCAAGAUUUUGGCCUAAAAACGGGAAUGAAUCUCAAAAAUUAUGUGGUUAUUUACAUGUACAAAUUUAUAGAGGUGAAAAUUCUUCUUAUUUAAAAAAACAAAUUGAAAAAAUUUUUAAAUUAGAAGAUUGUUUUGAUGAUGAUAUUCUAAUUCAAAUUGAAAAUGAUUAUGAUGAUUGUUGGUGUAGAAAAAAGCAAAUAUAA